AUGGCGGCCGGAGUCGCGGCCUGGCUGCCCUUCGCGCGGGCUGCGGCCAUCGGGUGGAUGCCGGUGGCCAACUGCCCCAUGCCCCUCGCCCCGGCCGACAAGAACAAGCGGCAGGAUGAACUGAUCGUCCUCAACGUGAGCGGGCGGAGGUUCCAGACGUGGCGGACCACGCUGGAGCGCUACCCCGACACACUGCUGGGCAGCACGGAGAAGGAAUUCUUCUUCAACGAGGACACCAAGGAGUACUUCUUCGACCGGGACCCAGAAGUGUUCCGCUGCGUCCUCAACUUCUACCGCACGGGCAAGCUGCACUACCCGCGCUACGAGUGCAUCUCCGCCUACGACGACGAGCUGGCUUUCUAUGGCAUCCUGCCCGAGAUCAUCGGCGACUGCUGUUACGAGGAGUACAAGGACCGCAAGAGGGAGAACGCCGAGCGACUCAUGGACGACAACGACUCGGAGAACAACCAGGAGUCCAUGCCCUCGCUCAGCUUCCGCCAGACCAUGUGGCGGGCCUUCGAGAACCCGCACACCAGCACGCUGGCCCUGGUCUUCUACUACGUGACUGGCUUCUUCAUUGCCGUGUCGGUCAUCACCAACGUGGUGGAGACUGUGCCGUGCGGCACGGUGCCCGGGAGCAAGGAGCUGCCGUGUGGCGAGCGCUACUCGGUGGCCUUCUUUUGCCUGGACACCGCCUGCGUCAUGAUCUUCACGGUGGAGUACCUGCUCCGGCUCUUCGCGGCGCCCAGCCGCUACCGCUUCAUCCGCAGCGUGAUGAGUAUCAUUGACGUGGUGGCCAUCAUGCCCUACUACAUCGGCCUGGUCAUGACCAACAACGAGGACGUGUCGGGCGCCUUCGUCACGCUCCGGGUCUUCCGCGUCUUCAGGAUCUUCAAGUUCUCCCGCCACUCGCAGGGCUUGCGGAUCCUGGGCUACACCCUGAAGAGCUGUGCCUCGGAGCUUGGCUUCCUCCUCUUCUCUCUCACCAUGGCCAUCAUCAUCUUUGCCACUGUGAUGUUUUAUGCCGAGAAGGGCUCCUCCGCCAGCAAGUUCACGAGCAUCCCAGCCUCUUUUUGGUACACCAUUGUCACCAUGACCACACUGGGAUAUGGAGACAUGGUACCCAAGACGAUUGCAGGGAAGAUCUUCGGCUCCAUCUGCUCUCUGAGCGGUGUCCUCGUCAUUGCCCUGCCUGUCCCUGUGAUCGUUUCCAACUUCAGCCGGAUUUACCACCAGAAUCAGAGAGCUGAUAAACGCAGGGCACAAAAGAAGGCCCGCCUUGCCAGGAUCCGUGUGGCCAAAACAGGCAGCUCCAAUGCCUACCUGCACAGCAAGCGCAACGGACUCCUCAAUGAGGCACUGGAACUGAUGGGCACCCCGGAAGAGGAGCACAUGGGCAAGACCACCUCACUCAUCGAGAGCCAGCACCAUCACCUGCUGCACUGCCUGGAAAAAACCACUGGGUUGUCCUAUCUUGUGGAUGAUCCCCUGUUAUCUGUACGAACCUCCACCAUCAAGAACCACGAGUUUAUAGACGAGCAGAUGUUUGAGCAGAACUGCAUGGAGAGCUCAAUGCAGAACUACCCGUCCACACGGAGUCCCUCACUGUCCAGCCACCCGGGCCUCACGACCACCUGCUGCUCCCGUCGUAGUAAGAAAACCACACACCUGCCCAAUUCCAACCUGCCAGCCACCCGCCUGCGCAGCAUGCAAGAGCUCAGCACGAUCCACAUCCAGGGCAGCGAGCAGCCCUCCCUCACGACCAGUCGUUCCAGCCUUAAUGUGAAAGCAGACGACGGACUGAGACCGAACUGCAAAACGUCCCAGAUCACCGCAGCCGUCAUCAGCAUCCCCACCCCCCCCGCGCUGACCCCAGAGGGGGGAAGCCGGCCACCCCCUGCCAGCCCAGGCCCCAACACGAACAUUCCUUCCACAGCCAGCAACGUCGUCAAGGUCUCCGCCUUGUAA